ACGAUGGCGACAAUGCGAGAAUACGAUGGCGACAGUACGAUGACUAUCGCAUUUUCGCCAAUGUACUAUCGCAUUGUCGCCAUCGUACUAUCGCAUUGUCGCCCUCUGGAAUUUAAUGUGUAUCCACGAUAGCCCUAACGGCAUUCCGUAACCCAGAGAUAUAAACCCAGGAUGUAUUUGAACAGGAAUAUACGCUAACUUAUUAAAAUCUAUAUUUGAGCAAUGUUCACGGAGUACAUGUGAUUGAACGAAACAAAGUCAUUGACAUCUGCAUGAACAAGGUAUCAAGUCCACCUUCCUCGGCAAAGUGACAGCUUACGUGAUUAUCUGCAUGUUCUACGACGACGACAAUGCCUGCGGCCGGCGGGAGGCAGGAACGCAAAGGGCCACCACCAAUGCUGUCCCUGGAAGGUCUAAAAGCGAGGUUCUGGGUCGGAAAGUAGGACGGCUCAAUGGUAGGAAGUGUGCUUUGUGCAAGAAACCGUGUCAAAAGCACAGAGAACUGCCGUGUGGUCAUGAUUUUUGCAAGCGAUGCUUAGAGUUCUAUUUUGAAUCGCUUGGUACAAACACUCUUAAAAGUGUUUACAAUUACUUCAAAUGUCCCCAAUGCGGAAAAGAUAUUGAAAAUCCGGCUCUCCCGCGUUCGAAAUGGACGAAGCAGUUUAAAACGGAUAAAAGAACAAAGUUCUACUCAUCGCCUUCCGGUUUAUCUGACGUCAUGGUAAGUAGUAAUGUCGAGAUUCGGAGUCCUGAUGCGCGACUGCAACGCACUUCCACCCACCGCACCGCUAUAUACGCCCGCCUGCACGAGAGCGCGGGCUUCAACAGCCGUAUAGACUCGGACGCCGGAUGCUGCCAGUACUGGUCCGGGACGUCACUUCCGGGCGGUGAACUGGUGUUGGCCGACUGGCUCAACUCCACAGUCAAGGUGUUCAAUACACACGGGAGGUACAUACACCACCUCAAGCUGCCCAGCCAGCCCCUGGAUCUGACGUACCUGUGCGAGGACAUCAUGCUCGUGUCACUAGGCAGCCGCUCCGACAACAUGAUCUUCCUCAAGGUCACCGGGGCCCCGCAGGCGACGGUCAAGAUCAUCAGCAACACGCACCUGCACGGCACCUUCCUCUACCACACGACCAGAUUUGAGCGCCAGUGGCUGGGUGUGUUCGAGGAGUCCGGCGACAAGGUGUAUGUGGCUGUUAUGGAGACCAAGCUUACAUCCAUGCAGAAGAUCAACAUCACCAUGGCGAAAACAGACACCUCAAGGGUACUUGCGUUACCGAGUGGAAUUAAUUUGACGUCAAACACAUACAUUCAUUAUUGUCCAGCAUUAAAGCGGAUAUUUCUCGCAGAGCGAUCAGACCUCUACUGUUUAACACCUGCUGGUGAGCUAGUAUUCACACAGAGUUUCAAGCAGAGCAAUCAAGAGAAGUUCCUGCUAGGUGCCAUCACAUCAGACGCUACAGGUGGCGUGUACGUCACUACCCAGUCCAACAUUAUCUGUCUGAAUGCAGCAGGUGAGCGAAUUGACCUCAUCCAGACAUCCUUUGAGCCAUUUGACAUCCACUCAGCCAACAAUAAACUAUUUGUUAUGGGAAGAAGUGACACUGUCAACGUCAUAGACCAAUCUACAGAGUAAAAUGUGAUCAGGACACCAUGACCAACUUGAUGCCAAUGUGCACUUUAAAAAUGUUACAAAAUGUUUACCCUGUGAGAUUGCAUACUGAAGAUGUAAGAUGGUGUACAGAUACAUUUGACAAUGUAUGAACAUUAUUUGUAUCAGUAUUUAAACGAAAACUAUCCAGUCAUAACACAUGUAUAAAUUAAUAAUUUAUUUACAUAAAUAGCAUUAACAAAAUCAUAAAUUUCAUAUUCACAUAUAAACUAUUUACUACGAAUUUGUUUGAAAAUAAUAUAUUGUAUAACUAUUAAAACGUUUGUUAAUUUAA